GAAGUCGCCAACGACGAAGGCAUCAAAAAGAACGGAAGAAAAUACGCGCAAGGGAAAAGUGAAGGCUGAAAGAAAAACUAGGUGGCUGCUGCACAAAAGUUUUCCUUCACCCUUUUCCCGCAGUUUAUUGUGUCGGAUAAAACCUCAAAAAUAACGGAACAGUGUUCGGGGUCUUCGUGCGGAAAUGACUUGCAUUCGCAGUGGAUUGUUGGACUCUAUCAGCUCGCGGUCCUGAUGGUGCGCGGCUCAAAGCAGAAGAAAAAAAUCAGCAGCUCCAGGAAGCUGCCCCGAACGGAGCAAAUUUAGUGGCAAGACAACAACAAAAUCGCAGGUUGCUAAGUGUUUCGUCCUCGAAUGAAGUCGUCGUCGAGAAUACCGGAAGAAGUGUGGUGAUUCGCUGGAAGAUUGGACGAUUUGUUGGUGAUUUUCCGAAGGUCGUUUUGUGAAAGUGCUAAGUGUGUUGGAAGAGGAGGGAGGGGGUUUGCUUUUUAGAUAGUCUCGUUUAGAAUGCGGACAUUGGGCGGGUUCUGCUGCUUCCUGCUGCAGUAUGUGGCCGUGUCAGUGGUGGUGUUGUCCAACGGCUGUGCUGCCACAACGGACCAUAUUCCGUCCGUUCCGACGCACAAUAUGUCGCACAAAGAGCGGAAUGAGCUGAAGGAAGAAGCAAGAGACAUGUUCUACCAUGCCUAUGAGGCCUACAUGGAAAAGGCUUAUCCCGCCGAUGAGUUGAUGCCUCUGAGCUGCACCGGGAGAUACCGAGGAGUUACCCCGUCUCGAGGAGAUUUGGACGACGUUCUGGGCAACUUUUCGAUGACGCUCGUUGACACAUUGGACACCCUUGUAAUUCUUGGCGAUUUGGAGGAAUUUGAGCGAGCGGUAAAACUGGUUAUUAAGGACGUAAAAUUUGACAACGACAUCGUCGUGUCCGUGUUUGAAACCAACAUCAGAAUGGUUGGCGGUCUAUUGUCGGCACAUAUCUUGGCAGAAUAUGUUCAAAAGCAAGCUGACGUAAUGCUGUGGUACCGUGGUGAGCUGCUCGAAAUGGCAAAGGAUCUGGGCUAUCGAUUACUGCCAGCGUUCAACACAUCGACUGGAAUUCCACACGCAAGGGUCAAUCUAAAACAUGGAAUGAAAGUGGAAAGUUUGCGUCACUCUCGAGAAACAUGCACGGCGUGUGCUGGUACGAUUCUGCUGGAAUUUGCCGCCCUGUCUAGGUUGAGUGGCGAACCCAUUUUUGAGGCCAAAGCUCACGCAGCUAUGGAUGCCCUAUGGAAAAUGCGUCAUCGGAGCUCUGACCUGAUGGGAACGGUUUUAAAUGUCCAUUCCGGGGACUGGAUCCGGCGCGAAUCGGGUGUCGGUGCCGGUAUAGAUUCCUACUACGAGUACUGCCUUAAGUCUUACAUUCUGCUGGGUGAUGAGCGCUACUUGGCGCGCUUUAACCGGCACUACAAUGCCAUUAUGAAGUACAUCAGCCAGGGUCCGAUGCUCUUGGAUGUGCAGAUGCAUCGCCCGCACACCAAAACGAGAAACUUCAUGGAUGCUCUGCUGGCCUUCUGGCCGGGAUUGCAGGUGCUGUCCGGUGAUUUGAAACCAGCCGUGCAGACACACGAAAUGUUGUACCAAGUGAUGCAAAUGCACACCUUCAUUCCCGAAGCAUUUACCUACGACUUCCAGGUCCACUGGGGACAACACCACCUACGACCGGAGUUUAUUGAAUCCACAUAUUUCCUAUACCGCGCAACUGGAGAUCAUUAUUAUCUACAGGUCGGUAAGAAGGCGCUAAAAGCGCUGCAGAAACACGCCAAAGUUCCUUGCGGGUAUGCCGCAGUCAAUGACGUUCGUACGGGUAAGCACGAGGACCGAAUGGAUUCCUAUGUGCUGUCGGAGACAUUUAAAUAUUUGUACCUGCUGUUUUCCGAUCCUUCCGAUUUGUUGCUAAAUAUCGAAAACUUCAUCUUCACAACCGAGGCCCAUCUACUGCCACUGACGUUGGGUCAACUGGGCAAUCAUACUUUCAACAUCAAAGAACACGAAGAGGGCAACAUGCUCGACUUUAUGCGGUCCUGCCCGAGUCCGAACAAGUUAUUUCCUGAAACGGUUAGACGUCCCCUUAGAGACCUGGUUACGGGAGUCUGCCCGCGCAUAUCGAGUGCCAAAAGACUUAGAGCGGCUGACUUUCAGGCAAGCAAUGCAGAUCAUCUACGGACAGUUUAUGACAUGGGUAUUACGAUGGUUUCUCUAGGCGAGGGAAAGGUGCAGCUGCUUCAUAGUUUCUACAAUGCCAAGUCACCCGAGGAUGCAGAGCGUGGGCUAAUAUUCAUGCAGGAAAUGGUGGAACUCUCCAAGUCCAACGCGAUUCCGAAAACGCAAUUACAAGAGGUAUCAUUCCAGCGCGGAGGCGAGGAGCUACAGGUGCUAAAGGCGGGUCCGAGCCAUUUUGGUCCGGAACUGACGGGGGACAUGUCACUUUCUCAAAGAGCGGUCUUUGCUACUCCGUCCAAAGUUUGCAAUAGCCUUCGAAAUGGCAAUGAACUCAAGGGAAAAAUUGCUAUCCUUGAACGCGGUGAUUGCACAUUUGUGGACAAAGCUCGAAGGGUUCAAACAGCUGGUUCGGUAGCUGCCAUUGUCUACGACAACAUGCCAAAUACGUCGAUCGACAAUCAACAGAUGUUUGCCAUGUCUGGUGAUGGGCGGGACGACGUUAAAAUACCGGUGGUGUUCCUGUUCACCAAGGAAGCGGAAGUAUUGCUCGCUGCCAUCAGAGCGGAUCCCAGCCUCGAGAUUACGCUGAGGGCGGUGAAGGAGCUGGGUGACCUACAGUCCUCCGAGGCGGCCAACAUGGACACGAAAGCACAUUCACAAACCAAGACUGAUUCAGCCCGGACCUCCAGCAGUAGUAGCAGUGAAAUGAAAUCAAACAAGCCAUAAUAGUAAGUGUGCGGCAUUCGCCGAGUGCUAUGGGCAAUAAAAUCCGUGUAGGUAACAUUUACGAUAACGAAACAAAUUGGCAUUAGCGAAAAUGUUGAUGAGACAGUGUAAAAAAGUGUGUAAAUUUUCCAUUUAGCUAACACUGCGCGCGAAUGAGACAACUCAAGAAAAAAGAGAUAAAAGAAUACGCGUUUAGUUUAAGUCGUGCAUUUUUUUUUCAAAGUGAUACAUUUGUUGACGAGAAGUAUAAAGUGUAAUGUGAUGCAGUUUAAAUGUUGAGCAGUACUGUGAGUAGUUAAGACUAGUGUAAAUUUUAGCAUAAGUUAGGUUAAAACAAUAAAACAAACGUGGAAGAAUGGCAGCAGGUUGUUAUGCAGUUAACUGAAAGGAAGAUGUUAGUAACAUAUCAGAAGGAUAAACAAUUGUUGAGAAUGAAACGGAUUGGUCGAGCUAAGGUGUUCCGAAUCGGUGCUAAUCAAAAAUAUGUUUCCUGCAAAAAGAAGCAUGAAUCGUAAUGUACAUAAUUUUUCCGAUUUUAUGAUUGCAUGAAGCUGAUAAUAGAACCACUGACGAAGAUCCAAGAUACAUCAGUUUUCUACUAAUCAUCUGAUGAACUGCAGUUAUUUGCAUGUACAUAGCACAGAAAUGAUCCUGUUAUUUUUUUUUUGAUAGAGAAGUCAUUUCCAAAAGCAUCAGCAGCAUUCGCUAGUUAGUCACAAUCAAGAUGCAAUAUGAUAAAGAAUUUAUCCAAAACCUUAUAGCGAAGACUAGUUGUGAAUAAAAAGAUAUAAUUGCCUACUAAAGUAAGUGAUUUCUUAUAUCAUUGUUCUAAUUUUGUAAAUACAAACGAAUGUUUUAUGAUA